UUGUAAAGGAUCAAAGGAAGUGGUCGGUGUAUUAUUUUUAGGAAUUUUUAGGAAUAACACUUUGGAAAAUAAUAAUUUAAUUUAAUGUUAUACACGUAAAUACCCAAAUAUUAUUAUUAAAAAACCAAAUAAAGGAAAAAUGGCUGUUGUUCACAUAUACAAGACAAAGAAUUCAGAAGAAUAAUUGGAAUGUCAAUGUCAAAUUAUUAAAAACACUAACCUAACUUUUAGAGGAAAAAAAUUGGUAUUUAUUUAUAAAAAUGUUUAAAUCUUUUCAAAAUGCGUUUAAGUCAUUCAACGUUCAACAAAUGAGAUACUCAACAAUUGUACCGAAAAAUGAAAUAUCUCCAAUUAUGACUAACAGAAAUCCUAGAAAUUUGGAACGAUUAAGGAUAGGUUACAAACCAGACGGAUACCAUUUAGAUGCCCCCGGUAAACGUUAUUGGCAUAAGUUGCUUAUAAAUGUUUCCGGGAAAUAUAUUAGAGCAUCAAUUCAGCAUUUUCAAAAUGGUGAAAUUAUUUCAGCAAGUACAUCUGAAUGGUCCAUAAAAAAACAACUCUAUAGGACAAUAGACACAUGUGCUUAUACAAAUCUUGGAAGGGUUUUAGCCCAGAGAUGUCUACAAGCUGGAUUAAUAGAAAUAAGUUGUUUCAUAAAACCUAAUAGCCCUGAUGAUAAAAUUGCUUUAUUUUUAAAAGCUUUAGAAGAAGGGGGCAUAUCUUUAACUGAACAACCACAGUAUAAAGCAAGUAUGCCUUGGGACCUAGAUCGGCCAGAAAAACCUUGGGAAGUUACAGAAUAGUUUUUAUUGCUAAUUAUUAAAUAUUUUAAAAUAAAAAAAUAUACAAUAAAUUGUUUAUAUAA